AACUCGUGCUCGGAUGGGAUAUUUGCAUCUCGACAGGUCGUGCUCGAUAACUCAUGAUAGGCAAGUUGUGCUAGGCAGCUUGUGCUAUACAGCUCAUGCUCAGCAGCUCAAAAGAUCUUGCCCAAGGACUUCACAACUCGUUAUUGUCGAACUUCCAUGAGGCUACUCGUGGCGGUGUUUGUAUCUUUGCAGCUCAUGCUCGAGCAGGAUGUAGCUUGUGCUCUACAUCUUUCAGCUCGACCUCGGGUAGGAUGCUUGUAGCUUGUUAUUACCAAGCUCCCACGAGGUUGCUCGGGGCUACGGGUAGAUGCUAUCUUCCUUCCACAAAUGGGGAACCGGAGGCUGCUGGCUCAUCAGAGCAAUACAGUAUGUCCGAGGUUAAGAACCUCGGACCUAUCCUUACAAUGAGAUUGCUGGCUUCUCAAAGCAGCAUGCGUGUUCUUGGUAGUGGUUUAAUUGUCAUCCUGAAGGGUGGUGUAUGGGCUAACCAUCAUCAUAUUUUGUUGAUUGCUCUCGUCUUCUUCAAUAAGCUUCAUUACAAAUUUGCUCGGUGCAUGCCGUCGAGCUGGGAGACUGCUUUGCUGCUACCGAGCUGGGCUACUCUGCUACUGUUGAGUUGGACUGCCUUGCUUUUAUCGAGUUGGAGUACUGCUUUGAGUUUUGCCACUGCUGAGCUGGACUACUUUGUUGCUGCCGAGCUGUAGAGCUGGGAGAAUGCUUGUCACUGCCGAGCUGCCAAACUAGGAGAAUGCUUGUUGCUGUUAAGUUGGGCGACUACUUUGUUGCUACCAAGCUAGGAGAAUGCUUGUUGUUGCUGAGUUGGGCAACUGUUUUGCCACCAUUAUUAACCUCAAGCUCAUCUUGUCUCUUUUAGAAUGCCUUUUUUUUUUACUGCUUUGAGUUGCCUUAUGUUGUGCUUUACUAACACCUUUUUUCCUUCUUGAAUAUUCAUGGCUGACAUUGCACCAUGCGUGCCUUUGAUUUCAUUAAAUAAAAGCUCGAUAGUUGUGCAAAGUUACUCCCUUGUUUAUCUUCUUGUGAAAGCUUCUCUUCUUCUUUAUAAGCAAAUAAACCCCAUUUUGUAAACUCAUUAGAUCUACUUUGUGAAAGCUUUUCUUUUUCAUAGUCGAAUAAACUCAUUCUAUAAAU